AUGCGGUGGUUCAAAUUGGCUGCGGCUUACACGGCCGCCUGCGCCGUUCGGUCGAGUGCAUUCGACCUCGACGUCAAUGAUAGAGAAUCGAUGAAACAGGGCGCCGUGCUGGCUGCCGACGGCAUGAUGCACUACUACGCCGGUCAUUUGCCCGGAAACACACCCGGUAUUCUACCUCCGCCGUACUACUGGUGGGAAGUGGGCGCUAUGUUUGGAGGAUUAAUCGAUCACUGGUGGUAUACGGGGAAUGAUACAUGGAAUGACAUUGUCAUGCAGGGUAUGCUGCACCAAAUUGGAGCAGACGGUAUGGUGAUGCCGAAGAAUCAGACAACAACAGAGGGUAACGAUGACCAAGCAUUUUGGGCUAUCGCGACGAUGAUGGCCGCCGAGCGUGGCUUCCCCAACCCUCCGGCAGGUCAGCCGCAAUGGCUCGCCGUCACCCAAACGGUUUUCAACCUACAAACGACAAGAUGGGAUAACGAACAUUGCGGCGGUGGUCUCAGAUGGCAGAUUUUCACAUGGAAUAAUGGCUAUGAUUAUAAGAAUACCGUCUCGAACGGUUGUCUCUUCCAGCUUGCCACCCGUUUGGCACGGUACACCGGCAACCAAACGUAUACCGACUGGGCCAACAAAAUUUGGGACUGGAGUGUUGAAUCUGGCUUGAUUACCGACGAUUACCGAUUCUACGACGGUUUGGAUAUCCGAUCGAACUGCAAAAUUAACCACAACCAGUGGUCGUACAACGCCGGCCUGUACCUCGCCGGCUCGGCAUUUAUGUACAAUAUUACCACUGGCGCCGAGCAAGUUACAUGGAAAAAGCGCCUCGACGGCAUCCUCUGGAUGGCCGGCGUCUUCUUCCACCCUCAACAAACCGACAUCAUGUACGAAGCCAUUUGCGAACCCUACCCCCGCGGCUGCAACACCGAUCAAAAGUCAUUCAAAGCAUACUUCUCCCGCUGGCUAGCAGUAACCACCCAAAUGGCCCCAUACACCGCCGAAAUCAUCAUGCCCAAACUCCGUACCUCAGCCGUUGCCGCGAUGAAGACUUGUGUCGGUGGUAGCGACGGCGUCACGUGUGGUCUGAAGUGGUACAAAGGGGACUGGGGUGCUUGGGAUGGUAACUACGGUGUUGGAGAACAGAUGGCGGUUAUGGAAGUUACGCAGAGUCUUCUGAUUGAGGGUAUGCCGGCACCCUUUACUGAAGUCGUUGGCGGUAACAGUACUGGUGAUCCAUCUGCCGGUGGUGGAGGUGAUAAUCCACAGUUAAACGCUAUUGUGGAUCUAUCGGAGCCAACGGCGGGACAGAAGGCUGGAGCGGCAUUUGCGACUUUGACAGUACUAUCUAUGACGGGUUAUAUGGUUUAUUAUAUGGUUACAUGA